CAUACUCUCUGCACGGAGUACGGAGAGACACACAUUCCUUUUCCAAUCUUCAGAAACAAUAUGGCUGAUUCACCUACUCAGCGCCCUUUCAACACUCGUCGCGCCCGUACCUUCGAGGAGAGUCAACGACGGAACUCGACCCUCUCGGACUCGCUCUCCGAGGCCCGCAACUCCAUCCGCUCAUCGACCGACGACUUAUUUCUACCGCGUGUAGCAGAAGGCCAUGCCGCACUCUCAACUGAAGAAUCGAAUUGGCAUUCUGCACCCCUUGGGCUGGCCCUGCUGCCUGCAAUUGCCGGCAUUUUCUUCCAUGAAGGUAGUUCCUUCGUCACCGACGUCACAUUACUAGUCUUGGCCGCUAUAUUUCUCAACUGGUCUGUCCGAUUGCCUUGGGACUGGUACCGCUCGGCCCAAGCCAUCCGACGCGAAGAAAGUGGAUUCCCCGCGCCCGGCGAUCCCCCAUUCGAGCUUGACGACCAAGAACCCCAACACAAAGAAGCCGCAACAGCCAUCUCCGAGCUCCAAAUCCACGAACUCGCCGCUCUAGCCGCUUGCUUCAUAUUCCCUAUAAUCGGCACCUGUCUCCUGCACACCAUCCGCUCAAGCCUCUCCCGACCAUCCGAGGGCCUAGUAUCAAACUACAACCUAACAAUCUUCCUCCUAGCCUCUGAAGUCCGCCCAGUCGCCCACAUCCUAAGGCUAAUCCAAAAACGAACCCUACACCUCCAACGCAUCGUAUUAUCCUCAACAGACCCAAUCAUAACCCCAACAACCCUGCAAGACCUAACAAAGCGCCUCGAAGAACUCGAAGCACACGUCGCAGAGACAGCUACCGCCCGUCUCGCAACCCAACCAGACAAAGACACCUACCCCCUCUCCCCAAAAGAACAAGAAUGCCAGGCAUCCCCAUCCCUCGUCGCCAGCGCAGCCCUCGAAACUCGAAAAGCUAUCCAGCCCGAUAUCGAAGCCCUGAAUCGCGCCGUCAGGCGCUACGAGAAACGUUCUGCCCUUUUCUCCCUGCAGACUGAUCAGCGCUUCGUGCGUCUCGAGACACAGGCCGCCGACGCGAUUGCGCUGGCGGCUGCUGCGAAGCGGUCGGCCGAGUCAAGGCGUCCGAAUUAUGCGCUUGUCCUGCUGGACUGGGCUUGCGCGUGCAUAGUUGUCCCUGCUCAGAUUGCGCUGUCGCUUGUUAGUUUGCCUGGGCGCGCGCUCUCGGGGUGCUGGGAUGCGGCGAGGCGUAUGCUGAUUGAGCGGAAAGUUGGACCGCAGCAGAGAUCGAAGCCUAGGUCUUCGUCGAAGGGGAAGGCUGGCGCUGGCGCUGGCGCUGGAGCUGGAGCUGUGGGGGUGGGUGCGUCGGGUGCGUAUCGGCAGGGUGGUGGGCUGGCGUCGCAGCGGCGGCCUGGGGUGAGGAAUGGGGAUGGGGGGUGA